ACCCCUCUGUCUCUCUCUCAUCCCCACUCUCUGCCGACUACCAUCAGAGCAUAAUUAAAAAAUAUAUAAAUAAAUUUAAAACACAGUAAGAAUUUUGUAUCAACCACCAAUAUAUAUAUAAUAUUAAAAAUCUACAAUCUUUAUUCAUAUAUGUGUUUCUAAUACACUCUUCUAAGACUUUCGGUGCUCCUUUUUGUUCUUUUUCUGGGUCCUUCUAUUUCUUCAUACGCCUUCUCUUUAUAGAGAACAAAUAAUUUUCUCCUUUUUAUUUUUUAUUUUUUAUUUUAUUCUUCUCAAAUUUGACUUCUGGGUAUUGUUCAUUUCUGCUGGUUCUGGACUCUGCUGUUCUGGGUUUAUGUAUUCUGGUGAGAAAUCCAGGAUCUUGUGAAUGGGAUUUUGAGUUCCUUAUCUUUGUUGCCUUUGGCUUUAAUUUUGUUCUUGAUUAUAUUUUUCUGUUUUGAUUAUUAAAUGAACUUAUAAUUUCUCUUUUGCUUCACAUUAUUUUUCAAUCUAUGAAUUUAUUCAUCUCUUUUCAUUUUACAUUACAAAUUAAUGUUUAACAUCUGAUUGUGACUGAUACAGUGAAGGUUUGAUUCUUUGCUUCACAAUGUAAUGUUAAAUUGUUUUUACACUUAUAACUGGGAUAUGGGAUUGGAGAAAGGCUUGGACUUUGUUGGAUUUUAUAUGAUCAGACUAGGAGAAACUUAGAUACACUUUGAGAUGCUAUUAAUUCCACUUUAUAAUUAGUUACUCAGUUGACAUUAUAUACUUCUCUUAGCUUCAUUUAGUGUGAUCACCAAGGUCAAACAAUUCUCUUGGUUAUGCAUUUUAUUCCAUGUUUCAAAUUCUUGCAAUGUGGAUUUGUUGUGGUUAUAUAAUUCAUUGUUAAGUAAAUUAUACCCUCAAUUUUGGUCAAAGAAGAGAUCAUGGGUGAUUGAUCACCAUUUCAUUCCUUCCAUUACAAUGACAGGAUGGGAAAAUAUUGCCCACCUUGAUAGUUUCUUGUUUUGAUAUAAAAUUAUUAGUUGCUAGUAAUUUCCUUUCUUCACUUGUUUGAAAAUUUGUUCAUUCAAUCCGCUUGUCAUUUAUUUUUCUUCCCAUUUUUGUAGUCAAGUCCUUUUGUUUGCUGGAUAUUUGUUAAGCUUUUCCCUCUGACUAGCUGUUGCAUAAGAUACAAUUUUCUCUGAUAAUUUCAUUUUAAUUUGUUCUUUAAUUUUGUUAAGCCUUUCUCUUAAAUUUUGUUCUUUAGUUUUACAUCUCCAGUUGAAUUCAUUAUUAAUUGUUUGCUUUCAACUUGUAGAAAACUCAUGGAGUUUGGUAUUUCAUGGGAGGUAUGGAGGACACUGAUCCACCUUUGAAACGUGUAAAAUAUCCAUUGGAAGAACCGAAGAUCUUCUUAGAAGAUUCGAGUCGAAAAAGUUCUAUUGCUUACUCUUUGGGAGACUUGAUGGCUAAAUCUAUUCUCUCCCAAGGCGAUGAAGAAAUGCUUGGCUCAAAUGGAAUCAUAAGAAAAACAGAGUUUGUCAAAAUCAUAACAAAGGCAUUGUACUCACUCAAAUAUACUAAAACUGGUGCCAUUCUUGAGGAUGAGUCGGGCAUACCAUUGCACUCACUGUUUGUUAAUGAGUUUAUGCAGCAAGUUGUUGAUGGAAUGUGGGAUGAUAGUUUAGCCACAUUGCAAAAAAUUGACCUCAUAGAUGAAAAUACUUUCAAAUUAGCAACUUUUUUAAUAAAGGAACAGAAGUUCCUUGAGCUUCUUAAAAUUGGGAAUUUGGAUGGUGCUUUAGGUACACUAAGAAAUGAGCUUGUGCCUAUUCAUAUCAACAUUAGUCGGGUUCACGAGCUUGCCGCGUGCAUUGUCGCUCCUUUUUCAGGUUUAACACUUUGUCUUUUGAGCCAAGAUACAGAAGUUGCAAAGUCUAGAUCAAAAUUGCUAGAAAAACUGCAGAAGUUGCUUCCUGCAGCAGUCAUGGUACCUGACAGAAGGUUGGAAUAUCUUGUUGAACAGGCUCUUGAUGUUCAAUGUGAUGCUUGUGAAUUUCAUAAUACAUCGACAAGUGAACUUUCUUUGUAUUCUAAUCAUCAUUGUGGGAAAAAUAAGAUUCCAAAUCAAACAUUGCAGGUACUGCGAGCACAUAGUGAUGAAGUAUGGUUUCUCCAGUUUUCACACAGUGGCAAAUAUUUAGCUUCAUCAUCAAAAGAUCAGUCAGCAAUUAUAUGGGAGGUUAAAGAAGAUGGUCAAAUGUCAUUAAAACAUGUAUUAACUGGUCACCGGAAACCAGUGUCAAUUGUUUCAUGGAGUCCUGAUGACCAUCAGCUGCUGACAUGUGGACUGGAGGAGGUCGUGAGGCGCUGGGAUGUAACUUCUGGUGAUUGCCUCCAUGUUUAUGAAAAGAAUGGCAUUGGCCUGGUCUCAUGUGGAUGGUUUGCGAAUGGUCAAGGGAUAUUCUCUGGGAUGACUGACAAGAGUAUUUGCUUGUGGGAUUUAGAUGGAAAAGAGCUGGAGUGUUGGAAAGGCCAACGGACCCUAAAAAUAUCAGACAUGGCUGUAACCGGUGAUGGAAAGAAGAUCAUAAGCAUAUGCAGACAAACUGCCAUACUACUACUUGAUAGGGAGGCCAAUUAUGAGAGGCUGAUUGAAGAAGAGGAAGUAAUCACUUCAUUCUCACUAUCCAAGGACAACAGGUUCCUAUUGGUCAGUCUCAUAAACCAAGAAAUUCAUCUUUGGAACUUGGAUGGUGAAAUUAAGAUUUUGGCCAAGUACAAAGGUCAUAAGCGUACUCGGUUCAUCAUCCGAUCUUGUUUCGGUGGACUUGAGCAAGUGUUUGUAGCAAGUGGCAGUGAAGAUUCCCAGGUGUACAUAUGGCACAGGGACUCGGGGGAGCUGAUAAUGUCAUUGCCUGGCCAUUCUGGAGCAGUAAACUGUGUGAGCUGGAGCCCUGCAAAUCUUCAAAUGUUGGCUUCAGCCAGUGAUGAUCGGACAAUUCGAAUAUGGGGUUUGGAGAAUCAGCCCAACUUAAUGAGAGGAAAAGUUGGUCAAAACAAUGGCGCUGCCAUUCACAACCACUCUAAUAGAAGAGUUUAGAUGCAACCUUUCCUUGUCAGCAAAGUAAAAUUGUGCAAAAGCUGUUUUAAUGUUCCUUAGAAUUAUGACUUGGAUCAUUGGCAAAUGAAAAAGAGAAAUUACUGA